AGCCUGGCCGCGCCAGGGCGGAGCAGGAGCUGUUGCAGCAGAGGCAGCGGGGAAGGUCCGCGGCGUGACGUGUGCGGGUCCGAGGAGUGAACGCCGCUGCUGAAGACCCCAGUCGGGCCAGCCGCCCCUCCCCGGCCAGGUCACCCCCGCCGAUCGCAGAGCACCUCGUGCGUGGAGCAGGAGCUCUAGUCCCGCGCGGCGUCGCCUCCCGGGUCAGUCGGGAGUGAGCUGCGGACUCUCCGGAGCCGCCGGCGUCCUCGCGUGUCGGGGAGGGCGGCUGCGGCGGCCCGGCAUGGCUUCGGCGGGCAGCGGCAUGGAAGAGGUGCGCGUGUCGGUGCUCACCCCGCUCAAACUGGUCGGGCUCGUGUGCAUCUUCCUGGCGCUGUGUCUGGACCUGGGAGCCGUGCUGAGCCCGGCCUGGGUCACUGCCGACCACCAGUACUACCUGUCCCUGUGGGAGUCCUGCCGGAAGCCCGCCAGCCUGGACAUCUGGCACUGCGAGUCCACGCUCGGCAGCGAUUGGCAGAUCGCUACUCUGGCUUUACUCCUGGGCGGCGCGGCCAUCAUUCUCAUUGCAUUCCUGGUGGGUUUGAUUUCAAUCUGCGUGGGAUCUCGAAGGCGCUUCUACAGACCUGUUGCUGUCAUGCUUUUUGCAGCAGUUGUUUUGCAGGUGUGCAGCCUGGUCCUUUACCCUAUCAAGUUCAUUGAAACUGUGAGCUUGAAAAUUUACCAUGAGUUCAAUUGGGGUUAUGGCCUGGCCUGGGGUGCAACUAUAUUUUCAUUUGGGGGUGCCAUUCUUUAUUGCCUGAAUCCUAAGAACUAUGAAGACUACUACUAAAAUCAAGUCUCAAAAAAAAGAAAGAAAAAAAUAAAACCAACCAUCUAACAAAAGAUUUAUGUCUACAUCUUUUCUAACACUAUUUUCUAAAACACUUGUGGAGCAUCAAAGAGUUUGCUCAGUUGAUUUAAUAUACUUUGCCUUUUGGCUGUCAACAUCAUAGCCAGCUUUUACACCCAUUUUAGGAACCUGCACAAAUUAAGAGAGCUGAUUAGACAUAGGUAAAUGCUGCAAACGUUCAAUAUGUUCAUGCUGUUCUUCUUGAUAAGUGAAGGGUCUGUAUGACAGCAACCAUUGUGAGAAGGUAGUUGGACUGAGAAUUGCCUGAAUCUCCUGUUACCUGCAUGGGAGCAGCUGGCAUAAGCAACACUUAAAGAUUCCUUUGCUAUGACAAGGAUUCCACUGUUCUAACACCCUUAUCACCUGCUUAUGGCACACAGUGACUACAGUGGCUGUUGGUUAUUUGCUUGAGUGAGUUUUUGAAAAGCAAAAUGCCCUUUGGGCAUCUUAUAAACUGGUUAAUGAUACACAUUCCACCUUAACGAAUACUCCCUUUAAUGGGAGGUUAAAAUUUGGCAAUUAGCAUCUCCUGAGAAGGAAGUCAGGAUUUAGAGACAUGUGAUUUUCAUUGCCCUUAUAAAAUUGUGCCUCAGCCUCAUCUAGAAUGAGGGACAAAUUGAGGGUCUUUGUUUUCCUUGGGAAAACAAAAAAGAAAUAUGCAUGAGUUGCUUUUGUACCCUUUGAAUCAUUUAUCAAACUUUGCAGCAAACAGUUGUGCAUAUGUAACAAGCUUAAAUAUUUUUAUAGAAAGUGAACCAUUAGAAUAAAUGGUAAUACUCCUUAAUCUUCCAUAUACAUGUAUUGAUCACACACAUAAUACUUGCUCUACUGAAGUGGUUUGAACACUAACCUUGUGCACAUUAAGAGACUUCAAUGGGUAUUCACACUUAUUUACCAUACAGAAGUUCAUGUACCUUCAGGCUUUUGCUCUAUGUCCUUUACUGUAUCACUGGAAAGUGUUCAUAGAAUUGCCUAAGAAGAAAAAUUGAAAUGAUGUUCAUCAGAAAUGUAAUGAUUCUUUUGUAAGCACUGUAAUUCACACGAGAGUAGCAAGGAGGAGAGAAUCACUUUGUGUAAAAUUCAUUAAAAUACAGGGCUGCUAUUUUUGCAAGUGUUUGAAAUAUCUUCAUUUUAAAAGACAGGAGUAGUGGUAGAUUUAAAUAAAUGUCUCCGUAGAGGAGUAGAAUUCAUUUGCUUGUCACCUGGUCCUCUUAACUGAUGGGUAAACUGAUUUGUGCACGCAAGUAUGAUGAAUUUAUGUUAAGGGAUUCAUUCACUGACUGUUUCAAGGGAAGAAAAUAUCAACAAUAAGGAAUAAGUUUGCAAUGAAUUACAUACUGCAAACUCUUAUUAAUUCUGUUUAAUAUACAAAUCUGGAUAGUUUAAUUAUAAACCUAUUUUUAUAUAAAAUAUACAAUUCUGAUAUGAAAGUUAUAAAUGAUUAUUUUUGUUAACAAAGGCACUAAAAGAGUAUGUUCUGGUUUGACCCAUUUUACGAAAAAGCAACAUUCGAAAAACAACUUUCAAAUAUAUUUAUUUGGUAAUAUAUUGUAAAAUGCAUUAAGACCUGCAUGUCAGUCAAGUCUUUCAGCUGGUCCUAGGAA